GUAGACUUAGCCAGAGCUAAGAACUUUAGCUGAUUGCGAGGCACCAAAGCACCCGUUCGCUGAGGGAAUCGGCUCGGAGGACUUUCGCGUUGCACCGCAAGCCCUCGCUGCAAUCCCGAUCCAAAACAGAGCCCCAGACAAGCUCUCCGAGCCACAAUGGCCCUCGGAUCCCCCGCUGACAUAUUGCAGCUUUUCCUAGCGCUCGCCGUGGGAGGCCUCAUCCUCAGCAUCGUGGUCCUUGUCGUCGCCCCGGCGCGCGGUGAGGAUACUUGCACGGUCGACGACCUCGACGCCCUCGACGACGCUGGCCCGGCGUGGCCCGCGGAGCCGGGGCCAAAGAUGCCCUGCGAAACUUCUGUCGACAGCAACGCUCUGAGCUUGGUAUCGGUGCUCGCCGCCGUCGCAGCAGCAAUGUUCUUGGUCGUGAGAGCUCUGCUCACGGCGUGGGUGGGCCUCGCCGAGGCGUGGGUGCCCAAGUGGCUCUUCGUCGUGCUGUGCUUCUUUCCGCUCGCCUUUAUAACCGGCUACCACUCGGCGACGGCCGAGCAGGGCGCGGCCUACGCCUCGCUCGCCAGGGACGUCCUCGCGCGCGAGCGGGCCUCCGACUUCGACCAGCGCGAGUCGCCGGGCGUCGUCCCGCAACAAAAGGGCUUCCGGCGCGUGCGCUCGAACGGAGACCUCCGGCGGCGCGCGGGCGGGCUCCCGCGCUCGUCGUCGGGAAGCAAUCUCCGGGCGCGGUUCCGCCGGCAUCAUCAGCGCUGAUCUGUACAUUCUCCCCCCUUGCACUAAAUUGCACAAACAAUA